CGAAGAACUCCGUUUCAACCUAACCUAUAUUCCGCUUAACUAUUUUUCCCGUUUGAUUUUUAUGCGACCAAAUAAAUAAAUAAAAGACUUUAAAGCCGUUCAAUAUGGUAAACAGGUAGUACUAGCGUCCUUGUCGCACGACGAUUAAUACGAUUUAGCACGAAAGCUUACUCGGCACUUAAAAUGAUUCAGUUAAAGAGCGAGAACCGCCAACAAUUUUGCUACUGGCUGGCCCACGUAAAACUCUCCAGGAUCGUCGUAACCGUUUUAGCCAUCUUAAUUUUCACGCCGCUGAUCACUCACUUUUACUUGUCCAAAGUCGAACGUAACUCUAGCACAUCUUUAAAUAGCGCUAGGUUCCAUUUGGACUUGUCUGACGAAUUUAGUAGCAUCAAUGAAAUAGACCUAAGGGUGGGCGUCGAAGAACUAGUACGCAUAAGAAACUCGGUGCUUAGCGAACUAAGAAAUAUCGAAAAAAAAAGGCAAGAGCUCAAACAGGAACUGCAAACGUUUUCCAAAAAUGUUGAAGAGGCGAAGCUCGAUCUGGCGCACCACCAGAACAACCUAAACAAAUUGAAAAUAUCCGUCGAACAAGCACAAGUCGCUCAGCAGGAAGCUUUACAGGAGAACACUCCUGAUCUUGCAGCACCCAAAAGACUAACUUCGGAUACAUUGCCGCCGAUCUUACAGCCUAUACCGAGAAACCGAUCCGUAAAUUGCAAAAUGUUUUCGUGUUUCGACCAUUCCAGGUGCUCGUUGACGUCUGGAUUUCCAGUUUAUUUAUAUGACCCUGACCAAUAUCCGGUGAUGCAUGACGGCUGGGAUGUCGAUGGAUUCCUGAAGACCACUCUAAAACAAGCCCUAGGGCUCAACCCGCACUUAACAAGCAAUCCCGCUCAGGCGUGUAUAUAUUUGGUGCUAGUCGGUGAAGCUUUAAAAGACGCUGACGAUGCGGGGGAGAACGGAGAAAUUUUUCCGCCGUUGGACUCGGAGGCUUUAAAACGACUCCCCUAUUGGGGAGGUGACGGCAGGAACCAUAUUCUACUGAAUUUGGCACGGAGAGACUUGAGUGCCAAUUCGGGGGACAUUUUUUCAGUUGUCGAUACAGGCCGUGCGAUCGUGGUGCAAUCUACGUUCACGCGGCGGCGGUUCCGCGCGGAUUUCGACCUAAUCGUGCCGCCCGUUUUGGGACCGCCCGGUGGCGACAUCUGGCGGGAAUGCGCUCCGAUGUUGCCGGCCCGACGCAGGUACCUUUUAUCGUUCCAAGGCGAAAUCAAAUCGAACAAAAGUAACGUCCGACACGUCGCGUACCCCCGCGAUAGAGACGACGUCGAAUUAAAUAGUUUCAUUUUGGAUCACCUGAGGCAGCUAGUCAAAACGCACACGUCCGAUCAGAUUUCCCUAGAGUUUGAAUGCGUGCCGGCCAACGACGAUUUCAUGGACACCGGACCCCAAGAUUGGGCCCUGUGCGGCACGGACAGCAGUAGACGCGGCGUUCUCAAAGAUUCGACGUUCGUCUUAAUUUUUGCGCCGGCUUCUGAUGAGCUGCUGUCGACUACGCUGCUCCAGGCCAGAGUUUACGAAGCUCUGCGGGCCGGUGCGGUACCUGUAGUGCUGGGCGGAGACCAAGUGAAACUGGCCUACGACGAGGUGAUCCAGUGGCGGCGCGUGGGGAUAUUCGUUCCGCGAACGAGAGUAACGGAAUUGCACUUUCUCCUGCGUAGUAUCCCGGACGAGGAUAUUUUAUUAUUUAGGAGACAGGGUCGACUCGUGUGGGAACGGUACCUGUCGUCCGUUCAGGCCACGCUAGACACGAUCAUAGCCGUGUUGAGGUAUCGGAUGAACAUACCCGCGUUGCCCGUCGAAACUGUGACCGCAGUUAGCGUGUUUAAUAACACGUUUCAACCGGUUUUGGUACCGCCGGCCGGGGAACUCGAACAGGAGGAAAGUUUGGGCCCCCUCGAGCCGUCGUAUAACAGCCCCGCGUUCCGUAGGAAUUUCAGUUUGUUGCUCACGCAGGGGCACGAAGUGUGGAACGACUGGGGCGAUCCUUUUCGGCUGUAUCCGACGCUGCCGAUGGAUCCGAUCCUGCCCUCGGACGCCAAGUUCUUAGGCUCCGGCAGAGGGUUCAGGCCCAUCGGAAACGGACAAGGAGGUGCGGGAAAGGAGUUCUCGGAAGCCUUAGGCGGCAACACUCCCCGCGAACAGUUCACCAUCAUGCUCCUCACGUAUGAAAGGGAACAAGUCCUUCUGGAUUCCAUCUCGCGUCUGCGCGGUCUGCCUUACUUGCACUCGGUGGUCGUGGUCUGGAAUUCUCCGAGACCGCCAAAUCCGGAGCUCCGCUGGCCCGAUAUAGGAGCACCGGUCCACGUAAUCAAAGCCGCUAGGAAUUCGCUAAACAAUCGGUUUUUGCCGUUGGAAAACCUGCAGACCGAGGCCAUCUUGUCGGUCGACGACGACGCCCACUUGCGUCACGACGAGAUACUAUUCGGUUUUAGGGUGUGGCGGGAACACAGGGACAGGAUCGUCGGGUUUCCCGGUCGUUUCCACGCGUGGGAUCUCAACACCAAAAACGGCUGGCUGUACAAUUCGAACUACAGCUGCGAACUGAGCAUGGUGCUGACCGGAGCAGCUUUCCUGCACCGCCAUUAUCUGCAUUUGUACUGGACGUGGUUACCUCAAGCGAUCAGGGACAAGGUCGACGAGUACAUGAACUGCGAGGACAUAGCGAUGAACUUUUUGGUCAGUCACAUCACAAGGAAGCCGCCGGUCAAGGUGACCUCCAGGUGGACGUUCCGCUGUCCCGGAUGUCCGCAGAGCCUCUCCGAGGACGAUACUCAUUUUCAAGAGAGGCACAAGUGUAUCAACUUCUUUACGCAGGUGUUUGGGUAUACCCCGUUGCUGAACACCCAGUAUAGGGCGGAUUCGAUAUUAUUCAAAACUAGAAUACCGCACGACAAGCAAAAGUGUUUUAAGUUUAUUUAACUUGAAUCUUUCCGUGUCCCGUUUGUGUUCGUUAGGUGGUUAGGAUCAUUGUAAAUACAAGACUUAUACGUACAAGUUUAAGUUCGAUUGUGAUAUUUUUUGACUUGUAUAUAAUUUCUACGUUUUUUCGCGUGCCAUAUUUUUAAUUGCAGAUUCGAAGACCAAUAUUAUAAUAAAUUGUUUCCGAGACCGACUGGAUUUUUUAUUUCCUAACCUCAUGCCAUUUUAAGUAUUAAAAUCGAUAAACCACUUCUCGUUCUGCGUUAAAGUUUUUAAAUUCUGUGUACCUACCGGUAAAUCCAAAUUAUAUGGUCAUGCCAUUUUCUGCCAAUUGUAAUUGAUUUCAUUGAAAUAUUUAAUUGGUAUUA